UAUCAGGUGCAUUCUGAAUACAACAGACGGAUUCAGAACGCUGACAUGCUGGAAACACACAUCAUACAGGCCCGUCUGCAAGCUGCUGCAAAGGAGGAGCAUGAACACAACAGAAUCAUGGAAGAAGUGGGUGAGGCCUACCGUCAGCUGGGUCUUCCCCCAGUUAAAUCAGCUUUCAAGUGGUGUGUGGACAGUGAGCUUCUCAGGAGCAACAACUUGAUUUGCCCACUGGACUAUACAACAGUGCACACCCCAGAUGUUAAAAGCCCAAAAGGCAAGUUUACUCCAGGCUUUGCCCAGCCAACUAUCUCUUAUAAUAUGCACAUUCUCACCGAACCACAGGAUGAUGGUUACACUCCUCUCCCCCCACCUGCACAUACGGCCCAGAGCCUGCUGGAACAAUCAGAGGAGACACGCAGGUUCCCUGGUGAGGGGGGAAUUGUCGCUCCUGGAAUGAGUUGCCAGUAUAUGGUGCGUUUUGCUCCAGACUCUCUGGCUGACUAUGAGGACGUUCUGGUUGUGGAGAUGCAGUUGCCGUAUCCUCUCAUUAUACCGAUAGAGGCCCACAGACCACCUCCAAUACUCAGUUUGCCUUCUGUCAUGGAUUGUGGUUACUGCCUGGUGGGAGGGGUGAAGUUUAUGGAGGUUUUAUGUCGGAAUGAAGGAUUGAGUGCAGGAACAUUCUGUGUUAUGCCUAGGAAACAGUGGCCUGCCUCAAGCCUUAGGUCUGCAGUGAAGUCUACUUUCGCAGAACAGCCUCCCUUUGCUAUCAGUCCCUCUAUUUUCGGUCUUCUCCCUGGACAGGCCACUGUCAUAGAGAAGACGAUGGAUGUGAAAAACAAUGCACACUUGGAGCUCCCGUACCACUGGCAGAUCAUGAAACCCAACCUUCAAUGUCUGUUGCCUGAAGAGACUCUAGACCCCUCCAGCAUUCAGCAUCAUCUUGAUACAGACAGUGUGUUCAGCAUUACUCCAGUCAUGGGCAUCCUGAGCCCUGCACAGGAACAUGAGUUCCUGCUCACAUACUGUCCAAAGGAUAAAAACUACCACAGUGUCUGCCAGUUGGCGAUCAUGGAUGUUCCCGAUCCACCCAGAAUCAGUGAUGAUGGGAUGCGUCUCAACACAGCUCUCCAUGUAAAGGAUGUGACUGCUUUAGAGAUUGAAAUGAAAGGUUCUGCUGAGCCGUAUAAGAUCCUUCUUGAGCCGUAUGCUGUUUUAAUAUCAGGGGAGACUUACAUACACAACACAAUCCGCAAGAGAUUCAAGAUGUGGAAUCACAGCAAAUCAGUCAUUCACUUUGAAUGGGAGCGUAUUAUUGACAGUCAUGCAAUUGAAGUGGAGCCUUCAAUAGGAGAAAUAGAGAUGAAUGAGUGUUUCGACAUGGAGCUGGUUCUGACUGGAAGCGAUCCGGGUCAUUUUAACUCAGCUCACAUUCAGCACCAUCCUAAAACUAUAGGGCUGGCCAUUGAGGUCACAUUUAAGGGUGCGCAUUGCUCAGUGAAUGUGCCCAGUCUGGAUUUUGGUUUGCUGCAAAUGGGAAGUGAGAGAAUCUCCACCAUUGAUAUCACCAACAACAGCCUGCUAGAUGCCCACUGGAGCCUAGAGGAACUGUCCCACACCCAGCUGCCAAUCAAGGGACUGGUGUAUAUGAAUCCAAAUAAAGGUGUGCUGCCUCCCCUGGCGUCCUGCAGUGUGGAUGUGGUCUUCAGGGCCCUGUACUGCCAGCGUUUUGAGUCAGUCCUGCAGCUUACUGUGCUCAACGGCACUGGCUGUCAUCUCUCUGUACGAGCAGUCGUCCAGUCUCCUCAGGUGUGCUUGGUGAGCUGUGAGCUGGUGUUGGCUGAUCUGUAUGUAGGUGUUCCACAGACAGACAGUGUUACCUUGUUUAACCAAACACUACUGCCAGCCCACUUCACCUGGAGCAAGCUCCAAGGUGCACAAGCUCAUCUCUGCUCUGCAAGCUUCAGCCCCUCUGCAGGCACUCUGGAGCCCAAUGCCAAGACAGAAGUCUCUGUCUCAUUCACUGCUCACACUGUUGAGGAACUGACUAAAGUGGCUGCAGCUUGUGAAGUAAAAGGAAUGGAGAGUCCAUUGUUGCUGGGCUUUUUUUCUAAAGCCAAACCUCUCAGAGUUUCCUACUCACUGCCUUCUGAUUGUGUUAAUUCAAGGGAUGCCGAUCACCAAACAAUCACACUGGACUUCAGUGAGCAUGAGCCAGUCGUCAUUGGCAAAUCUAUCAAACGGCAGUUGCUGAUAACUAACGACACCGCUAUUACUGCUCCGUUCACUGUUGAAGCAGAGUACUUUACUGGAUGCUGUCCUUCACAAUUGGAUGAAAACUCUGAAAGGAGCGGUGCACCUCUCCACUCUGUCCAGGCCAAAAAAAUACAGCAAAAAGCAUAUGAUGAAUUUGUAAACUGUCUUCUUUCCAAUGGGAGAGGUGCAGCAUUCUUUGUUGAACCGAACAGUGGGAUGCUCGGCCCAUUUGAGACUCAAGCCAUCAAUAUCACUGCUCUCACCAAUAUGUGGGGGAAUUAUCAAGACAAGCUCAUAUGUAAAGUUGGAGAUCUAGAUCCAACUCCCAUUCCUAUCCAGAUGUCUGUGAGGGGCUGCCCCAUUUACUUUCAGAUGAUUGGACCACAACCUGACAACCAGAACCAGGGUCCAAUUAUACGAUUUGGAAGCCAUGUUUCUGGAGGAGACACUGUGUCACGCUCUUUACGGCUCAUUAACACCAGUCCGUAUGGAUUCUUUGAUGAAUAG